AUGGUUCUGAUUAGCAAGAUCAGCGACGAUGCCAUUGCCGAAAACUUGCGCAAGCGUCUCAUGGACGACCUCAUCUACAGUUGGAUUGGCCCGGUACUCAUCAGCGUCAACCCUUUCAAGCAAAUGCCCUACUUUACCGACAAGGAAGUCGACAUGUACCAGGGUGCUGCCCUCUACGAGAAUCCUCCCCACAUCUAUGCCUUGACCGAUGACUGCUUUCGCAACAUGCUUAUCGAUAGCGAGAAUCAAUGCGUGAUCAUCUCAGGUGAAUCUGGUGCUGGCAAAACCGUCUGCGCCAAAUUCAUCAUGAACUACAUCACCCGCGUUUCCGGCGGUGGCAGCGAGAUUCAGCGUGUCAAAAACGUCAUUCUGGAAUCCAACCCGCUUCUUGAAGCCUUUGGCAAUGCCAAAACCAUCCGCAACAACAACUCCUCCCGCUUUGGCAAAUACAUGGAGCUGCAAUUUAGCCGAGCCGGUCAACCCGAUGGCGGACGCAUUUCCAACUUUCUGCUGGAAAAGUCGCGCGUGGUACUUCAGGGGCCCAACGAGCGCAACUUUCACAUCUUUUACCAGCUCUGCUCCGGUGCGACUGCCGAGCAGCGUGAGCACCUCGGCAUCAGCGAGCCGAGCUACUACAGCUACCUCAACCAGAGCGGUUGCGACACAGUGGAUGGCAUUGACGACACCAAGGAGUUCACCGACACUUGCAACGCCAUGCGUGUCAUGGGCCUCACCGAUGCACAGCAGUGGGAGGUGCUCAAAGCUGUGGCCACUGUUUUGCAUCUGGGCAACAUUGCAUUUGUUGAAAACGGCAACUACGCACAGGUGCAAGAUGCGUCUUUCCUCGAAUUCCCAGCCUAUCUGCUUGGUGUUGAACCGGCUGUUCUCAACGAGAAGCUCACCACCCGCAUCAUGGAGUCUCGUUGGGGCGGAAAAACCGAGACGACCACCGUCACGCUGACCGUGGAGCAGGCCAACUACACCCGUGACUCCCUGGCCAAGGCCGUCUACUCGCGUCUCUUUGACUUUUUGGUUGCCACCAUCAACAAAGCCAUGGAGAAGCAGCAAGAGGAACUCAACAUUGGCGUCCUUGACAUUUAUGGCUUUGAGAUCUUCGAUCAAAACGGCUUUGAGCAGUUUUGCAUCAACUUUGUCAAUGAGAAGCUGCAACAGAUUUUCAUCAACCUCACGCUCAAGGCCGAGCAGGAGGAGUACGUCAGUGAAGGUAUCACCUGGAAGCCCAUCGAAUUCUUCAACAACAAGACCGUGUGUGACUUGGUGGAAGGCAAGACACCACCUGGCAUCAUGUACAUUCUCGACGACGUCUGUGCUACUCUGCACGCCCAAACGGAUGGCGCCGAUUCCAAGCUGUUGGAAAAGCUCAUCACGGGUGUCGGAAGCCACCAGCACUUUCAGAGCUUCACCGGCGGCUUCAAAAUCAUUCAUUACGCCGGCGAGGUGUCGUACAACGUUGGAGGUUUCUGCGAGCGUAACCGUGACUUCAUCCUACCCGACCUCUUGCACCUGGUCCAGGGAAGCAACAACCCCUUCCUUGUGGGCCUGUUUCCGGAUGACCCGAACCCCUUGGACAAGCAUGGUCGCAAGCGGAAGCAGGCCACCGCUGGUGGCAAAAUCCGCAAGCAAGCCAACGAUCUCGUAGAUCGCCUCAUGAAGUGUCAGCCUCACUACAUUCGUUGCAUCAAGCCCAAUGAGACCAAAAAGCCCCAUGAUUGGGACAAGCAGCGUUGUCUUCAUCAAGUCCGCUACCUGGGUUUGAAGGAAAAUAUUCGCGUGCGCCGCGCUGGUUUCGCUUAUCGCCGUGAGUUUGAAAAGUUCCUCGAGCGCUAUGCCAUCUUGACCCCAGAGACCUUUCCGCGCUGGAACGGUGAUCCCCGUCAAGGUGUACAACACUUGAUGGACUUUGUGAGCAUGGAGGCUGAUCAAUGGCAGAUGGGCCGAAGCAAGGUCUUUGUCAAGAACCCCGAGUCGCUGUUUUUGCUUGAGGAGCUGCGCGAGCGCAAGUUUGAUGGCUUUGCGCGCAAGAUCCAAACCUGCUACCGCCGCUGGAAGGCCCAGCAAUUUUAUGAAGAGCUCAAGAAGAAGGCCUCAGACAUUUUGUUGAACAAGAAGCAGCGCCGCAUGGGCACAAUCAACCGCAAUUUUGUUGGAGACUACAUUGGAUACCAAGACAACCCUUCACUGCGUGCGUUGGUCGAGAAAAAGGAGCGCGUUGAGUUUGCUUACACGGUGGUCAAGUACGAUCGGCGUUUCCGGCCUCAGAAGCGUGACCUUCUGCUGACCAGCAAGCACAUUUACCUCAUUGGUCGCGAAAAGCAGAAGAAGGGUCCCAACAAAGGCGAGUAUCUCGAAGUAGUCAAGCGCAAGCUGCCACUGGAUCAAAUUUCGCGAGUGUCCCUGUCCACCCGUCAGGACGAUUUUGUUGUGCUUCAUGUGGACGCUGAGUAUGACACUCCCGUGGAAAUGGUCUUCAAGACCGAGUUCUUGACGCUGCUGGACAAGAAAUAUCGGGACGUGACCAACCGAACGCUGAGCGUGCAGUUUGCGGACCGAAUCGAAUUUAAGGUCAAGAAGGAAGGCUUGGGCGGCGGCACCUCGCGCCAUCUUGAAUGCGAGCGUGGUAGCACGUUUGAGGUCAAGGCGAGCGGCAAGAGUCUGAAGGUGUUUUCGCCCGAAGGCCUACCCAAGGAUUCAACACCUGGCAGUCAUAACUUUUCAGGUGCCAACGUCAAGGCGUACUCGUCGCCUACACGCGCUGCUCCUGCCCAGCGCGCUGCCCCGUCCCAGCGUGCCACCUCAGCUGCACCCAAGGCCACCCGAGCUGCCCCGCCUCCGGUGCGCCGCAAACCACCUCCGGCCCCCAAGCCGAGCCUGCCGCAGGCUCGCGUUUUGUACGACUAUGAAGCUCAGGAUGCGGAUGAGCUGCACAUUCGCUAUGGCGAUAUUGUAUCAAUCGUGAAGAAGGAUCCCUCAGGCUGGUGGCAAGCCAAGCUGAAGGGCCGUGAAGGCCUAAUCCCCGCCAACUAUGUUGAGGAGAUUGGUGCCUCGACCACGGCAUAAAGAACCGACUUAUCUUUCAUGACGGAAUUUGAAUGCUGGGUCUUCCAGUUACCAAUAUCCGGCUGUCCCUAACCACCGAAACAAUUGAUCCUCGGACCGUG